UAGCUGCCAUUAGUUACAUUACAUUACAUUAACCAUACAUACACAAGAAUUGGGGCAGGAUAAUGGGCACAGCAGCUUGCGUGUUCAGUAUUAAGAGUAUAUGAAUGAUAUGCCUAAUGUAUAGGACGUUUGUUCUUAUUGCACCUGGCUGUUUAAAAGUACGAGUAUUAAAUGAAGUGGUGUUGAUUCGAAGGUACGGCGCUCAGCUCAGACAGCAGAGCCAGAAAUAAACAAAUAACACGAGCACGGCAACACACAGAGCCCGCGGAGAGAGAUUACAUUGUUAGCCAGGCCUCGACGCCCGCAACUGCACCCGGCUACCUACACAGACACACACGCAGGCCAGUGCAACCGCACGGAUUUUCAGGUUCACCAAAUGGCGCCGCACCAUUCCGCUGUUUGUUGUCUUCCCCCCCCAGCUUAAAUUAAAACGGGAUAUGUGAAGAAACCCGCUUAUCUUGACCCAAUGGAGGAAUCCGAAGUUGAAACGGUUCAGAUUAAAGAGGAAGUCCUUGAUCCUGAGUAUACAGAAUCGCCAUCCAUUGAGGAUGAGGACGGGUCCCCGUGCCAGGGCUGCAGCCAGGAAUUAGAGGACCUUUCUGAACCAGAGUCAGCCUGUAUUGAGGAUGAUUUGGAAAACCCUCACGCCGUGUUAGAAAGACACAUGUCUGCGAACACCAGCAGCACAGUAAAUCUGGACCAGGAAUCUGGUCAAUACCCCCACUGUGGCACCUCCUGCAGGGGACAGCAGGCACUUGAAAAGCACAUGAUGCUGAAACACCAAUGCGACUCACUGAAACAAGAGAGAACAGACAAAACUAGAAACCCCCUAAUACAAUGCAAAGUAGAUGUGGCAUUGCCCAUUGUGAGCACCACGCUCCUGCCUUCUGUCUGCGUUGUCCAAUCCCAAUCAAUGGAGAACUUCCAGGCUUUCCAUCACUGUCCGGAUUGCCGCAAGAGCUUCAUCUGCCUAGACAGCUUCGAAGAACACCAGAGGAUGCUGCGCGAGCACAGUCAGAGCUUUAGUGAGAUCACCGAAACGGGAGAGACCAGGUAUCACUGUAUUAAAUGUACCCAGAGUUUCAAACACAAAGGAGCUCUUAAAGUCCACCAUCGCAUUCAUACAGGCACCACCUCGUACGCCUGCACUCCAUGUGGGAAGCGUUUCAGUCAGUUUGGGUCCUUAAAACUGCAUCUGAAAAGUCAUGAAAGGGCAGCCCCCUAUCACUGUACAGGGUGUGGAAAGAGUUUCAGACAGUCACGGACUCUUAAGAAACAUCAGGAGAUUCAUGCAGUUGAGGCUUGCUACCACUGUUCGGAGUGUGGGAAGAGUUUCAGGGAUCUGAAGAGCCUCCACGACCAUGAACGUGUCCACGCAGGAGGCACCCUCUAUAUCUGUACUGACUGUGGCAAGAGUUUCAGGCAGUCUGGGAACCUGCAGAGGCACCAGCGAAUCCACACGGGCGAGACACCGUAUCACUGCACUGAGUGCGAGAAGAGCUUCAGUCAGCUGGGCUCCCUCAAGCUGCACCAGCGAAGUCACACUGGAGAGACCCCUUAUUGGUGCAGCUUCUGUGAGAAGAGCUUUAGUCAGCUGGAGAAUCUGAAAAGGCACCAACGCACCCACACAGGCGAGACCCCGUACCACUGCACGGAGUGUGGCAAGAGCUUCAGCCAGCUGGGCAACCUCAAAGCGCAUCUGAGGAUCCACACAGGAGAGACUCCGUUCCGAUGCCCCGAGUGUGGCAAGAGCUUCAAGAACAAGGGGAACCUCAAGGCACACCAGCGCAUUCACACGGGAGAGACCCCCUUUCACUGCUCUGAGUGUGGCAAGAAUUUUGGAUGGUUAGCUGCCUUGAAAACCCAUCAGAGAACCCACACUGGAGAGAGGCCAUAUCACUGUGCUGCCUGCGGAGAGAGCUUCACAUACUCCUACAAGCUGAAGACGCACUCUUGCCAGGUUUGAAAGAGAGUGGACCUGAUGAGCACCUAAAUCUUGUUCUUUUAAGAUCACAUGGAAACUUGCACUAGUCCUGCACCCAGUCCUGGGUUGAAAAACCUUGCUUGUUUUUGGUAUGUUAUUAAAAUGACCAGAUGACCAGUUUAAACAAUCAUAUCCCUGAACCAAUCACACUCAUAGGAGUUCUUCAAGCAGCUGUAGUUUAAUAUAUAAUUACAAUUAAUUUAGCAUCUAAUACCUGCUCAUUUAAAUAUACUUAUGUCAAGGUAGUUCUGAAACCCUUGGUGUAGGAUUAGUGCAAGUUGUAAGCACUGUCACAAUGUUCACAUGUUACAUAUUUUAAUAAAUGAGGUGAAUAUAUCUUUAAAUAUCUCAACAAGUCCAAACAGACCAUCACUGUCAGUGUAUGAAGUCUGUUUCUCAAAUGUUGCCUUCAGAGUGUUAAAAGUAAAACAAAUGUAGCAGUGGAACAGUUUAUUUUUACUAUACAAAAAAUCAGGUUGAAUCCCAGAAUACAGCUUUGUACCAAGAAGGCAAUAUCUAAAAUAUCUCAUCUGGAACCCAAGUAUGCCAAGUAGUAUGAUAGUUGGAAGUCUGUGCCAACCAAGGCCACUGGCACAUUUAGCAUGAAAAUGAAAAACCUUUCUAUGCUUUGCAUAAAAAAAAAACCUCCCAGGAAAAAAACAAAACAGUGAAUAAAACCGCAUGCCCAAUGGUACUCGAGGCACAGUGGUGCUCGAGGCCAGGCAGUGGCAUAGUAGGAACUUAGGUUGACCAUUGUUUCAUUUUUUUUUUUUUUUUAAUUGGGUUUGGAGGA